AGGACAGCCUCGGCCCGUGCACCGUCCAGCUGCGGGGCCUCCCCUUCAGGGCCACCAUCGCAGACAUCAAGGCCUUUCUUGGUGAACACGCCGCAAACCUUGCCAGCACGGAGCCGUCAAUUCGCCUCUUGCUCAACCGCGACGGGAAGCCAUCAGGCUUUGCCCGCCUGCAGUUCACGAGCCCUCAGGCGCCCUGGCCGCCGCCGCCGCCCGCCCGCCCGCCGAGAGGGGGCGCAGGCCCGCACAGAGGCAGGUGGGUGGCAGUUGGCGCCUCCAACUGCAGGCGGUGGCACAUAUGCCGUGAGGUAUUUUUUCGUGGUGUUCGGCCUCCAGGGGCCCUCGACGGGCCCCGGGACCGUCAACAAAACGUCUCAGGAUGAACAUCCGGU